CCUGUCAGCAGUAAGCGUGGUAUAAGAAAUGGGUCUUGAAUAGACAGACAGACAGACAGACUCCUGUCAAAAUGUCCCAAGGGCCUCUCCUUCUCUGGCUGGUGAUGCAGUUCGGGUGGAUUUAUCUGGUACCAACUGCAUCAGAGGAUACCGUGACAUCGUUUUUGGGUCAGUCAGUGACUUUGCCCUGUUUAUAUUUGUCCUGGUCUCAGGACAGAAACAGCAUGUGCUGGGGCAAAGGCCACUGUCCCAAUUCUAAAUGCAGCCAGGCGCUUCUCCACACGGACGGAUCUAGAGUGCUCUCUAGUGCGUCUGAAAAAUAUAGGCUUCUGGGGAACAUCCAGAGAGGUCAUGUUUCCUUGACCAUCUCCAACACCAAUGAAGAGGACAGUGGGGUGUACUGCUGCCGCAUAGAGGUGCCAGGCUGGUUCAAUGACGUGAAGAAGCAUGUUCACUUGGUGCUGAGUAGAGCCCCAACAACCACCAGGAAAAUGACCACCUUGCCCCCAACCACCACCCCUCACAUGACGACAACCACAGCGGCGGUGCCUCCAACAACAGCCGUGACGACCCCUGACCUCACAACCAGAGCACCGCUUCAGACGAUGGCCACCUCGGGCUUCACAACGUCCACCACGUGCCCCCUGACAACAAUGACCUCCCUCUCGGAGGUGGCCACGAGUCUUCUGACCACCGGGCCUUCUACGGAAGGGCCUGACCUCACCACAGAAUCAGCAACUUUUCGUGGUUCCAGCACGUCUUGGAGAAGCAUCAAGGCAACUUCUGCACACACUGCCUCGUCUAUGGCCAAAGGGUCUGAAACUCGGGUUCUUAGGACUACAUCCCAGGGAACACAGAAAAAGAGUGACUCAGGGGAAACUGGUGAUUCCGUGACUCCUCUUCAACCAGCAUCGGAGAUGACAAGUUCCACGCAAAGUAAAUCAAAAGAGAACCACGAGACCAACCUGGUGGUAAUGGUCGCCUCCUGCGUGGGGUUCGUGCUGUUGGUGUUGGUGGCUACGUUUCUCCUGCGAGGGAAAGUCACGAAAACCAGUUGUUUGCAGAAACACAAGAGAUUAGACAAACUUGGAGAAAGCAAAAAUGCUCUCAAUGACAUGCAUCAUGGACAGGACGAUGAAGAUGGGCUUUUCACUCUCUAACUUGCUACUUUUUCUUAGGAUUGAGCAAGGCCUUGAUGCUUGAAAUUUCCAUUUAAGUCUUGUGGUGUUAUAAAUUUCGUUUUUUUUUU